GGCAGUUAAAUCUCGUAUGACCGGAAGGUGGCGACAAAACAUCAUGAAACUCGUCAGCGUCGUGUGAAUUAUCGAGACCUGGGAGCAGAAAUACCGACAGAUAUUAGCCGCCCCGGUGUUCCAGUGCUUUGGCAUUACCAUUACUGGGGACAGUAAUUUGAGUGAUGAACACACGGGUUAUCACAAGGUCAUCACCUUCAGCGAGGUACGAGGGGGAUGGCGUGCCAGCCAAACCACUUUUGGAGCCACCAGCCAAGAAGUCCUUCGAUAGCAUAAUUAGUUCCUUUAAUUAAGAGAUUUUCGACAGAUUCGUAAUGACAGGCUGUGAAUGUAAAAGCAGAAUGACUCCUGUUGAAUAAAGAACGGCGACAGAAAGCAGAAGUCAGCCCUCUGGAGAGCGAUGAACCGGGAGAAGGCGCAGGCUGGCGACUCCAUCGUGCCUCCCGCGGCCGGCGUGAUCGUGGUCGCUCCGCAGGACGGCAUGGACGACAAGCACCUCGGAGAGCUGCCGGUGUUUAACUGCGCCGGAGGCAGAGACGCGCUACCGGCGGAGAGUCGAGAGUCCUCGCCGAGACACGAGCCCGCGCCCGCGGGCGCGCCGCCCACCGUCCACCGGACCACCUCCUUCUCUGUUCUGGACAUUUUGGACCCCAAUAAAUUUACUAGUAAGAGGCAAGCGACUAACAGGACAGGUUGUGAGUUCAUGUUUGGAGCGGAAAACAGAAGCGAUGACUCGAAUCACACGAUCGAGCACAAGUCUUUCCAAGAGGACUACGAGUGUAAAAAAACAUCAGGGAUUUUAAAGGACGGGUUCGUGUUCCGGUCAGAAGAGUGUGAGGCUGAUUUCACCCGCGGGAAUCAGUCGGACGGAGAGCUGCAGGAGGACCUGUGCGGAGAGGACACCGGGAACAACGACGCCGAGUUCGGCCAGCACGACGACGACGACUCCAUGAGUAAAAGUCCAGACCAGACUCAGCAGUCCUCAACAAACGGACAGAAUCACCCGGUGAAACCCAAACGGAAGCGCUCCGGCUCGGACUCAAAGUCUGGCAAGCCCAGAAGAGCGCGGACUGCGUUCACGUACGAGCAGCUGGUGGCUCUGGAGAACAAGUUCAAGUCGACGCGAUACCUGUCCGUGUGCGAGCGCCUCAACCUCGCGCUGUCCUUGAGCUUGACAGAGACGCAGGUGAAAAUUUGGUUUCAGAACCGGCGGACCAAGUGGAAGAAGCAGAACCCGGGCGCGGACACGAGCGCGCCGACCAGCGGGAGCGGAGGAGGGCCGAACGGAGCGAGCAACGGGCUGGGCAGCCUGAGUCCUCUGAGUCCGUCUCCUCCCAUGAGCGGACACCUGUCCAUGCACACCAGCUAUCCGGGUCACGCGCCCGGGGGACUCGUCUGCACCACGCAGUUGCCCUUUCUGCCGGGUCACGCGGUUCUGUCGCCCUUCAUGCUGGGCUCGCAGACUUACGGAGCGCCGACAUUUUACGCGCCGCACUUAUAAGAACAGAAUCACGGGAACAUUACGCGACAUGUAUUUCAACCUCGCUGCACUCCCAGAAAGUUUACGAAUCGAAUUGCUUCAUUUUGAUAAAAUGUGAAUAUUUCUCUAGGUCAAGCUGUAAAUACUCAGUUAUUAUGAAAUGUGUUUAGACUUUAACUUUGAAUGCAAAUGUAGUAGGGAAUAAAAAAACGAAGAACGAGAUUGUUGGACUGGAAUCGUGUACAAACAAACAAACAUAGAAAAGUUUAUCUUGAUUUUGUUUUUUACUGUGGGCUAUUUAAUUCUGCACAGAAUAUGCUAUUAUUUAAUUGUUUGUCUCACAAUUAAAAGGUUGAAAUAAAAUGGCAGAUGACAAAGAUCAGUUGUAA